AGGUCUUAUUUUUGGGGAAACGGUAGAGGAUUCUGGGAAAUGUAGUCUAGAAAAAAGGAAACUAUCUCAAGGUCUGCCCUCCUCCUUUGCCCUGCCAUUUUGUCUCCUCUCGCCAUCAGCUGUUCAUUCCAAACUCAGAAACGAUGAUCCCUACAGCUGUCGUGGGACAUCAGUUUUCGGGUGACCUUUCUCCACCCACCCUUUUCCCUUUCCUCCCCAGGCAGAGGCGGCAGGGUCAUCCGGCAUUUCCGGGGUUCCCUGGAGAGGGGAGGCUAACCUGGGAAAAUGGCUGAGGGAUCCAGGUCGAAUCGGCCCUCCUCUCUCUUGGCCACGGCAGCCGGCUGGGCCCAAGCCCUUUGCCGGGGCUUGGUAUAUUUUUGGAGCAACCAGUAUGCCUGGCUGUUGGGCGUGCCGUGCCUCCGGCGAGCUUACCACGUCUGGCUCGCAGCCGUCGUCAUCUUUGGGCCGCUGCUUCAGUUCUACGUGAACCCCCGGGCGAUCUUCGCCAACCAUCACAACUUUUUUAACAUAAAAUUUGUCCGGUCCGCCUGGGGUUGGACAUGCAUUUUCUUAGGCGGCUUCCUCCUCCCGGUGGUCUACCUCGCCACGCGCCAGGUCCUGCUCACUGCGCGCCACCUGAGCCGCCUGGCGGUCGGGGCCGGGCUGUGGCUGGGCGCCACGGAGACCUUCCUCCUCAUCGAGAACCUCACGGGCUACUGUUUCGACCCCUUGCCCGAGGGCAUCCUGGUGAACUCUCUUCCCGACAAGUGGACCUGUCUGCACCAGGGCCACAAAUGGCACGGUUACGACGUCUCCGGCCACACGUUCCUGCUCACCUUCUGCUGCCUGCUGAUGGUGGAGGAGACCUCGGUCUUCCGGCGAUACCUGGCCCACGGCCACCCCGCCGGAGUCCCCUUGCGCCUCAUCUUCCUCCUCAACGUGGUCCUCCUGGCGCUGUGGAACUUCCUCCUGGCCUGCACCGUGGUCUACCUCCACGAAUACAGCCACAAGGUGGUCGGCGCCGCCCUCGCCACCCUCUGCUGGUACCUCACCUACCGCGGGUGGUACCGCUGGCGCUGGUCCCCGGGGAGGCCCGGCGCCGGACUCUUUGCCAAAGGGGCCCCAGGAGAGGCCAAGAAGCGGAACUGAACCCCACUCCAGAGACCCCGAUGCCGGCCGCCCCCGAGACCCGGAAAAGGGUCUCCCGCAACACCUCGCUGAAGGAAAAUAAACCAGGGCGCCCCUGUCGGCUGCUCCGUCGCCGCACCGCAUGGCCGUGCGGUUUCUUGGGUGGAGGACAAGACAUCCGGGCCGAAUCCUGCCCUGAAAAAGCCGAGCAGUAGAUCAGGUUUGGCGGGAGGGGGACAUCUGGCCUUCCUGGUGUUGAACUGCAGUAUCUCUUAGUCUCGCUCAGAGUGAAGGAGGAUGGGAACUGUAGUCCAACAGCGAGAGAGCCAGACAUUCCCUACCCGUUAAACCAGUAGCCUACUGUGUUUCCCUGAAAAUAAGACAGGGUAUUAUAUUAAUGUUUGCUCCAAAAAG